AUGGCGACCACAACAGACACCAAGAACUACAGGUUCAACCACUCGAUGCUUCGAGUCAAGGAUCCCAAGGCAUCCGUCAAGUUCUAUGAGUUCUUGGGCAUGUCCCUGGUCAAAAAACUACAAUUCCCUGACUCCAAAUUCGACCUCUACUUCCUAGGCUACGACUCGCCCAGCGCGGCGUCGCACGGCCACUCCGUAUUCGACCGCGAGGGCCUCAUCGAGCUGACCCAUAACUACGGCACCGAGAAUGACGACAGCUACACCAUCAACAACGGCAACAAGGAGCCACACCGCGGCUUCGGCCACGUCUGCAUCAGCGUCGACAACAUACAGUCCGCCUGCAACCGCAUCGAGGAGGCCGGCUACAAGUUCCAGAAGAAGCUGACCGACGGUCGCAUGAAGAACAUCGCCUUCGCCCUGGACCCGGACGGAUACUGGGUCGAGAUCAUCAGUCUGAAGAAGGGCACGAAGGGCGCCGAUGACCCCGACGAGCCCAAGGAGGCCAGCCAGACCGAUGUCUCCAAGUACCGCAUGAACCACACCAUGAUCCGGGUCAAGGAUGCGGAGAAGAGUCUGAAGUUCUACCAGGAGACGCUGGGCAUGUCGCUCUUCCGGACGGUCGAGCAGGAGGCCGCUGGGUUCAACCUCUACUUCCUGGGAUACCCCGGCGAGAAUGGUGUGCCUGAGAACGGCUUCACAGCCGAGCAGGAGGGCCUCCUGGAACUGACGUGGAACUACGGUACGGAGAAGGAUGACAAGUUUAGCUACCACAAUGGCAACGACCAGCCCCAGGGGUUUGGCCACAUCUGCAUUUCCGUGGACAACAUCGAUGCUGCUUGCCAGAGGUUCGAGUCGCUGAACGCCGACUGGAAGAAGCGACUUACCGAUGGCCGCAUGAAGAACGUUGCUUUCUUGCUGGACCCUGACGGCUACUGGGUCGAGGUAGUCCAGAACGAGAGGUUUUCUGGAAAGGACAACUUUUAA